AUGUCGUGGCCUAGGCCUCGCGUCUCUCGAUGGCGGCGCUGGGUUGAUGGCAGCAAAAGCAAGAUCAAAAAGAUCUGGGUUAAGCUUAAAGUCUGUACAAGAGUCACCCCGGAAGAACCUGCCGUCGCGCGCUUGCAUGUCAUCAAGACCAUUUCGCUGUCGUCUUCGUCUUCCUUAGAGACCGUGCCUGCCCAGCCGCCAGUAUCCUCCGCAACGUCCUUGUCAAAACCCAUAAUUCCGCGGAGCCAGCUCUCCAUUGAAACUUUUCCUGUCGAAAUUCAGACUCUCAUUCUCUCCUGUCUAUCUUACGAAGACUUGACCUCCUUGACAAUGGCAUCGCCUGUACACUACCGAGUGCUGCAAAGUGGCAAGAAAGUGCUAUGGAAUUUAGUGACCGACUCCUUGCGAGGCUUGAUACCAGAGGCUCAAGCUGUGUACUGCUCUGGUCUUGUCAAGUCCGCCAAAGCACGCACCAGGGAGAAUAUCGCGGAGAUGGUCGAAGAGUACAGACUCGGUCGCCUGCGAUCCCAAGAGCCGCCGCCCAGAACCACAAAAUCCACAUUUAAUGAGCUCUCCCGCAUCCUUCGUUUUCACUACACGGUCAUACUACCUCUUGUCCCGCGCUUCACCACUUGGAUGCAGGCAAACCUUCCCGGAGAGGCAAAGCUCGGACUCAUACAGCUAGGAUCACCAAUGCAACCCAAGAUAAGCUCUACUGAGGAGAGUCGGAUCAUUCGCGCGCUCUAUCGGUUCCAGCUUUGUUGUUAUCUAUUUGGCAACCCACGUGAUGAUUCUCCCUGGGGUAAAGAAUCGUAUCAUCCUGGGUACGUGGACAUCCUGCAGCACCUCGAGGCUAUGUUCCACGCUUGGGAGAUCGAGGAGAUUCUUUGCGUUCACACUUUCGUCGAGGAUAUAUAUCCCGACAUCUUUGACGUGGUCCGAGGGCUCUGGCUACUGCAGAGGGCCCUGUGCCAGAUGGAAGACACGGAACAUCCUGCGCAGCUGGUCGAGAUAAUGCGAGAAAGACUGACGCCGGAAUCAGGCUUUAUUGGACCACGAGAAGUGACUUCCCAUAUUUGGUUCUGGAACCGACUGAACGAGUACGGUCUCACCGAAAAGGACUUAAGAUCGCAAGCUCACGAGGCCUUUCCGUUUCGGGGCGAUCAUGUCCCAGACCCGAAGGGAGAGUUUCCUCCUCGAGCGUGGACCCUGAUGUGGCGCGAUACUUACAGUAACCUGUAUGGGGAGUGGAUUCCCGGGGCGCUGCGGAGCUGGGGAUACGUUUUCUGGGACGCGGGGCGAAUGGAGACAGAAGCAAAAGAGGUACUGCUAUGGCGCUGGGAAAGAUCCUUCGAUGAAGACUGGGAUCCGCGGGAUGAGUAUGACCUUGCUGAUGUCAGGGCCAUCCGAUGA